GUCCCUUUGCGAAACGUGGUCCCCGGCAUCAUGACGUUGCGCUUGUUGAAUCAGCCCCGGUAUGUGGAUAUGCAUCUAUGCGACCACGCGCUGUCCCUCGAAAUUUCAGCAUCACGAUCGGCUUCCAGCGAGCGACAUAGGACGAACCAACUCCGACGACCCUACGGCCCCCAUUGAGUCCCCGCGCGCUGCGCUCCCGCCGUCAAAAUGAUCACCAAAUUCAUGACCGAGGUCACGGCCAAGUUCAACCCCUUCUCGACCUGCGCCAAGCCCGCCCGCCUCUUCCUGACCUUGCUCCCUCCAACCGCCCGCUCCAGCGGCUUGGCCAUCACCACGACGCUGCUCCCCCGACACUCGACGGAACCCAGCUCUCUGCGAGUCAAGUUCAAGGAUGGCAAGGAGCUGGACUUUAACUGCGAGAAGAUCAACAUUAAGGGUCUGGUGGAAGAACUUGACCGUCACUCCCGUCAACUACAGAAGACGGCUGAUCUUACCGACUAAAUACUCUACAUUGUACCUAUACUCUGCAUCGAAGGCGUUUUGAGGAAGCGAGGACUACACCGGGGGCCGAAUCGGCCAAAUGGGACGACAUCACAAUCUCUGUACAAUACAAUAUGACGGC